AUGUCUUUUUCCGUUGGUGAAAAAUUUCUUAUUAAUACAUUUACGCAUACACAAUUACUUUGUUAUGUUCUAUUGAAAAUCCUUCUUAAAAACUCGAUAAAUAUUGAUUCAGGUUGUAAAGAGUUACUAUGUUCAUAUCACAUGAAAACAGUUCUGUUUUGGGUAUCUGAAGAAUUGCCUUUAUCAGAAUGGAGACCAGAAAACUUAACAUCUUGUUUUAUGAGAUGUUUAAGGAGACUUAUAUAUUUUGUUGAAUACUCAAUGUGUCCACAUUACUUCAUUCCUGAAAACAAUUUGUUUGAAAAUAAGAUGAAUGGUCAAUCGCGUGAAAUACUUUUAAAUAAACUUUAUAUAUUCAAUAGUUAUGGCUGGCAAUGUAUCGCAUGUUCAGAAAAUUCCCCUUUAAAAGGUGUAUCCUACAAUAUCUUAGGGAUUGCUUUUCAACUAAUGGGAGACAAAGAAUCAGCAAAACAAGCAUUUAUGCAAUCUAUGAGACUAUACCCAUACAGAGAAUAUAACACUGCUUACCUGAGAUUGUCAUUGAUAUGUUGA